UGUUCUAUGCUUGUAACCUAUAAGAAGUAAAUAAACAUUCUGUUAUACAUAGGUAGAAAAAUGCACUCUAAGUGUAGAGGGGCUCUUUAUCCUUUGAGCAACAUCAAACGAUUGCCCUUUCCAGACGAACUAGUUCCAUGGCUGGUGGAAUUCAAAAAUUACGAUCCCCCCGAAUAUGAGUCUAAAGUGCUAAUAAAUAAGCCUUGGGCAGACCCUCCUAUAUGUGAUUCACGAUUUUCACCGAAAUGGAACCAGUUGGAUGGAAGCAUCAACCGCAAAAGCCACACAGGCUUAUAUGAGGUAAAGAACCAACGGCCCUUAAACCCUGCAGGUAGAACAGGGCUCAAAGGGCGUGGCGUCCUGGGAAAAUGGGGCCCCAACCAUGCAGCCGACCCCAUUGUGACUAGAUGGAAAUUAGGUGAAAACCAAGAGAAAAUGUUGAAUGGAUUGCUAAAAAAGCCGAUUUUGCAGUUUUGCGCCAUCCAAAGACGGGACUGUGGGCAAUGGGCACUACCUGGAGGCAUGGUAGAUCCAGGGGAGCAAGUCAGUGAAACUCUUAAAAGGGAGUUCAUGGAAGAAGCCCUAAAUAGUCUCGAAGUUUCUAAAGAGCAGUACAAGCGCGAUGAAGAAAUGCUCAAAUCGUUCUUUGCAAAUGGCACAGAAAUAUACAAAGGAUAUGUGGAUGAUCCCAGAAACACGGAUAAUGCUUGGAUGGAAACUGUUGCCAUGAAUUUCCAUGAUGAUGAUGGAAAGCAUGUGGGAAAAUUCAACUUAAAAGCUGGAGAUGAUGCUGCUAACGUCCAGUGGAUGGACGUAAGUAACUGCCUGGAUUUAUAUGCGAGUCACUCACUACUGUUAAAGAGCGUUGCGGAGCAUUUAGGGGCCCACUGGGCAUGAGAAAAGUGAAACAGCCACGUUAAAAAAAUGUUAUAAUAUAUGACAUAAUAUAUUAUUACAUGUUUACAUUAAUAUGUACAAAACUGUAUAUAAUAACUAUAAAUUACAAAAAAUAAGUCAUUCAAUCAAUUGCCCGCUUGGUGUUUUGUACUAUGAUAUGCGUAACAUUUAUCUUUCAAUCUUGACGACUCUCAUAUAAACAAUAAAUACAUUGCCCAUAAA